UACUAAUGGAUUCAUUAAUUGAAAAAUGGAAAAAGACAACUCAAAGUGCAUCUAGAUAUAGUGAAUAGAAAUUGAAAAAGCAGGAUAGGAAUUUCUCUUCAUCUUCAGAAAGUUCUUAAGAAUAGAAAAUAGCAAAUAAUAUCAACAAGAAUUCCCCUCAACCUCAUACUACUAAGAGUUUAAAAUAAUCUAUCUAAUCUUCAGGUAAAAAACCAACUUAAUAAUCCUUACCAAAUUCAGGUAAUAAAAAAUUUAUCAAACCAUAAACUUUAUCCUAAUUACUUGACUUCUUUACAUCUUAAUUCUAAACAUUAUUCAAAAGCAACAUAUUACCUUCAUAAUUGAAUGAUUAAAUUAAAACUAUUUUAGUGGAUUUUGUUGAAAAUUUACAAUCUCUCAGUGUAUCUGGUUUUACUGGAGCUUAAAUUGAAGAAUUACAAAAUAAAUUAAAUCAAGCUGAAUAAUAAAUUUUUACUUUAAAAAAUAACAAUUCUAAAGAUGAUUUCACCAAAAAGAUAAUUAGUGAAUUAGAAGAGAAACUUUUGGAAAGUGAAAAGCAAAGAGUUAAAUUAAAAUAAUAAAAAGAAUAAAUGUAAAUACAAAUUGA